GAGUGAGUUAUGAUGUUUGUAGAUUUCUGCAUGACCUUUUCUGCAGGGCAAGGAAAAAAAAAACAAUUAGGGGUUUUACCAAAAAAAAGAAGAAAAAAAUCGCAUUUCUCGAGGUGUGAAAGGGCGCAGCUCAGGUCUCUACGCACCGAAACCGACACGCUUUCGCGUCGGCCACAUGAUGGAUGACAGCGUCCGCUGCUGACAUCACCCGCAAACAAAAAGCCUAGAGCCGUGAGCGGCGCGCGCUGCAAUCUACGCGCCCACGGCAGCGCGCGCUAACACGCGGAGAUGACGUUCCCAAGUGAAUGCGUGCACAACCCGCGACUUCACCACAGCUUAUACACACUUCUCCUGGCUAACAGGCUAGAAACAUGUCCGAACCAGAAGUCGUUUCUUCUCACCGCUCACGUUUGCGCAGACGCGUUCGUUUGACCUUAUAAUCACGUUCUACUCGGCGCGAGCGUGCUCGGGUUGCUAGUUCGGCGCGUGUCGACACGGCGAGUAUGAGCGCGAGGACGCGAGCUAAAGAACUCAGUAGGGGCGAGCGGCUGCAGCGCGCUCAUAUAUCAGAUUAAAAAAAAAAAGUCGCUGUGGAUUAACGUGGAUUAUUGUGGAAUUUCAAGGACAGUGCUGCAGGGAAAGCGAGUGAGCACAGCACAUCACCGACUGUGUGGUAAUUCCUUCCCAAGUUAGGGGUAGUGUUUAAUGGGUUGGGGGGGAGUUACAUCUUCCUGGGACAUCAAGAUAAUUGAAGGUGUUUUGGACAUUCAGGUGUUUGUCGUAGGCGUCUACCACCUGUAGCUCAAAGUCUCUCUCGCUCUCUCUCUCUCUCUCUCUCUCGCUCUCUUUUUAUUCAGCUGUAAAACUGGCACGCGCGCGCAGAGCUGCAAACCCUAAAACCGCACCGAGUUUCUUUUUAGCCCAGAGUUCCCCGUCUCUCUCUCUCUCUCUCUCUCUCUCUCUCUGACUUUUCCUUUUAUGCCUGGCCUGAUGUGAAGCUCUGAAGGCAGAGCGUGUAGUGUAGACAUGUGUUGUUCAGUGUACACCCCCCACCCAGACCGUGCCCCUCUUAUCUCAGCUUAAUUGCAGCCUCGAUGUCUGCUGUCUUCGCGUCUCCUUUCUUUCAGUAUCUUUGAUUCAGCGUCUCAUCUCAUCUCCACUCGCUGUUUGGUUUGACAUCCUCUUUCAGGCUCCCUUACGUGCUCGAGCUCGAACGCCUUCAGAUCCGGAGAUCACCGGCUUGUGGCGAGAGAGAGGGAGAGAGAGAGACAGAGAGAGAGAGAGAGAGAGAGAGAGAGCGGGCUGGAGGCUGGGCGCUCGCGCGGAUCGGGGGUCCAUGCGCGGUGUCGCCGCCUGACGCGAGCUCGGCCCGGGAGCUCUAAGCCCUCCUCCUCUGUGCCCUCUCUCUGAGAAUGGUAGCCGUGCUCCGCUCGGUCGUGGCGCUCGUGCUGCUGCUCGGUCAGGUGUGGCUGGGCGCCGCCGCCGGUCUCAUUCCCGACGUGGAGCGGCGAAGGCACGCGCCCGAGCACUCCGAGCGCUUUCUUCGCGACUUCGAGCUCCGACUGCUGAACAUGUUCGGCUUAAAGCGGAAACCCACGCCGAGCAAGGGAGCCGUGGUACCUCAGUACAUGCUGGACCUCUACUACAUGCACUCGGAGAACGGAGACCAGAAAAGCGUCCGGCGGCCCAGGAGCGUCAUGGGGAGGCACGCGGAGCGCGCGGCCAGCAGGGCCAACACCAUCCGGAGUUUCCAUCACGAAGAGGCUUUAGAGGCCCUGUCCAGCCUGAAAGGAAGGACCACACAGCAGCUGUUUUUUAACCUCACUUCAGUUCCAGCAGAGGAGCUGAUCACGGCUGCAGAGCUACGCAUCUUCAGAGACCAGGUGCUCAGUGACUUUACUCAGAGCAACACAAGUCGCGCUGGAGCCUUUCAGCGCAUUAACAUUUUUGAGGUGUUUAGGCCAGCUCAUUCCCCCUCACAGGAGCCUCUCACCAGACUUUUGGACACUCGUCUGGUACAGGACUCACACUCACGCUGGGAAAGCUUUGAUGUAAGCUCAGCUGCAGCACGCUGGGCCACACAGCCACACCACAACCAUGGCCUCAUGGUGGAGAUUCUGCACCCAGGCGAGGCCAGUGAUGGUGAGGAGGCCGAGGCAAGCAGGAGUAGACAUGUCAGGGUGAGCCGGUCCCUACAUGCCGACAGUGAAUCCUGGACUCAGGCUCGGCCACUGCUGGUCACUUACAGCCACGAUGGCCAGGGCACUGCAACGCUCCACAGAGAAAAGCGGCAGGUGCGGCGUCCACCCAAACAGCGGCGCAAACAGCAGCGAGCCAACUGCCGCCGGCACCCACUCUAUGUAGACUUUAGUGAUGUGGGCUGGAACGUGUGGAUUGUGGCACCACCGGGCUACCACGCCUUUUACUGCCAAGGCGAGUGCCCGUUCCCACUGUCAGACCACCUGAACUCCACCAACCAUGCCAUUGUGCAGACCCUUGUGAAUUCUGUGAACUCUAAUGUGCCACGGGCAUGUUGCGUACCCACAGAGCUCAGUCCCAUCUCUCUGCUCUACCUGGAUGAGUAUGAGAAGGUCGUCUUAAAGAACUAUCAAGACAUGGUGGUGGAGGGCUGCGGCUGUCGAUGAGAACUAAACUCAUGAAACUUAUGAAGACUUUUUUUAUUUAUAUGAAAGAACUUUCAAAAAGAGUUAUUUUGGAAAAAAGAAAUAUUUUAUACAUAU